AUGCCGUCGAAGCAGGCUACAUUGGGUAAAUUCUUUGGUGGGAAAGGAGGCCCGCCACCUCAACAGACCAAGCUCUCGUUCGCGACCAAGGCGAAGAAGCCAGAGGUCAAAGAUGAGGAGGAGGCAGAUACUGAUAUGAAGGACGCUGAGGCGCCAGAGAACUCAGAUGCUUCCGAACAAUCCAAGAAGCGAGCUCGGUCCACAAGCCAAAGCAAUGGUCACGCCGAAACGAAACCUGAACCUGCCGAAAAUGACGGAGACGAUGCUCCCGUAACCAAGCGAUCGAGACGGAAGCGAGUCAAAAUAGAGGAAGACGAGGAUGAGUCAGUUGAAGAACCCCCAUCCGCAUCGCCUCCCGCCAAGAAGGCCACGGCAACAAAAGCAGCUCAAAAGGGGCAAGCCAAAAGCGCGGCAGUGAAGACGGAGCAGAUCGAAGAAGCUGAGGAUGUUGCAAUGGAAGAGGAGGAUGCUUCAGCCUCCUCAUCGGCAUCAGAUGCUGAGCUGGAAGAGGAAAAGCCAGCGAUUGCAAAGAAGGCACGCGAGAAGCUUCAGACACAGCUCAAAGCAAAGGACCACAACGACCCAUAUCCAGACUGGAAAGCAGGCACCCCUGUGCCGUAUGCGGCGCUUUGUCAGACGUUCUCGCUGAUCGAAAUGACGACGAAGCGUUUGAUCAUGACAGAGCAUUGCGCCAAGUUCCUGCGACAAGUCAUGCGCCUCACCCCGGGCGACCUGUUGCCCACGGUCCUCCUCAUGAUCAACAAGCUCGCUCCCGACUACGCAGGCAUCGAGUUGGGUAUUGGCGAAUCUCUUAUUAUGAAGGCUAUUAGCGAGGCUGGCGGGCAAACCCUGGCUGGCAUCAAGGCUGAGCAGCAAGCAGUUGGUGAUCUUGGUCUUGUGGCGUUGAAGACCAGGUCGAGGCAGGCGACUAUACUCAAACCCCCACCGUUAACAGUCAAGGGUGUUCAUCAAGGGUUGAUGGCUAUCGCUACAGUGUCGGGUAACGGUGCGCAGGGUCGGAAGGUGGCUGGCAUCAAGAAGCUACUUUCGGCAGCCGACUCUUCUGGUGUCAAGAUCGACAUCCAUAAGGACAAGGGUGGUCCCAGCGAGGCCAAGUUUAUCGUCCGUUUUCUGGAGGGCAAGCUCCGUCUCGGUUUGGCAGAGAGGACGGUUCUCGUUUCUUUGGCCCAAGCCGUUGUCUGCCACGAGGCUGAAAAGGAGGGAAAGGUACCCAGCACCUCAGACAUGGAGAAAGGCGAGGCAAUGCUCAAGCAGGUCUACAGCGAGCUCCCAAGCUACAAUGUUAUCGUCCCCGCAAUGCUUGAGGGCGGCAUCAUGAACCUGCCCGAUACCUGCAAGCUUAAGCCCGGCGUGCCUUUGAAGCCGAUGUUGGCUAAGCCGACCAAGGCCAUCACCGAGGUCUUGGACCGCUUCGAAGGGCAAAAAUUCACUUGCGAGUUUAAAUACGACGGUGAACGCGCUCAGAUCCAUUAUGUUGCAAAACAGGCACCAGAAGAACUUAGCCAAGCCAAGCCCGAUGCAAAUCAAGAGGCUGCCGGCGGCGUUGCCGCCAUCUUCUCGCGAAACUCGGAAGACCUGUCGAAGAAGUACCCUGAUGUGCUAGCCAAGCUUCAUACAUGGAUCAAGGACGAUACACAGAGCUUCGUGCUCGAUUGUGAGACGGUGGCGUGGGAUGUUGAGGAGAAGAAGGUGCUGCCAUUCCAGCAACUUAUGACACGAAAGCGCAAGGACGUCAAAGCCGAGGACGUCAAGGUCAAGGUUUGUGUCUUCGCCUUCGAUCUCCUCUAUCUAAAUGGCGAGCCCGCUGUCAAGAAAAGUUUGACGGAAAGACGAGCUCUGCUUAAGAAUGCUUUCAACCCUGUUGAAGGCGAAUUCGCCUUCGCGGAGUCCAUGGAUGGACAGGAACUUGAAGAGAUUCAAGUGUUCUUGGACGAAAGUGUCAAAGCGUCCUGCGAAGGACUGAUGGUCAAGAUGUUGGACGGACCCGAGAGUUGGUAUGAGCCCAGCAAACGCAGCCGCAACUGGCUAAAAAUCAAGAAAGACUACCUGGCUGGCGUGGGAGAUUCCCUCGACCUUGUCGUGCUCGGGGCCUACUACGGCAAAGGCAAGCGCACAUCGGUUUACGGUGCUUUCCUUCUGGCCUGUUGGAACCCAAACACCGAGAGCUAUGAAACGGUGUGCAAUAUCGGCACAGGGUUUUCUGAGCAGGUGCUCGAAGACUUGCAUAAGCAACUAUCAGAAAUCACCAUCGACCGACCUAAACCGUUCUACUCUCACUCGAGCGGAGGCCAGCACCAACCUGACGUUUGGUUCGAGCCGCGCUAUGUCUGGGAAGUCAAGACGGCCGACUUGACGCUCAGUCCUCGAUACAAAGCUGGGUGGAAGGAGGGCGUCGAUCCCAGUGGGUCGAAAGGCAUCAGUCUGCGAUUCCCUCGCUUCAUCAAGAUACGAGACGACAAGAAGCCCGACGAGGCCACGUCCUCGAGGCAGGUUGCGGAAAUGUAUAGGAAGCAGGAGAGCGUGACGAAGAACAAGGGGCCGUCUGUGGAUGAUGAUUUCGAGUAUUAA